ACAUCCCAGACCCUGGCCACUGGUGUGUGAUGCUGCCUUCUGUCUCCUUGGAGAGUGGAGAGUGUGUGUACACUGUGAGCUCUGCUGCAGGGAGCUAUGAGUGUUCAGAGUCUGGUCUGCGCUGGUCAUGUGCUGGUCCAGUCACCCUGCAGUACCGCAUCAGCAAGGAGGAGCUCUUCUGGGCCCAGAUGCAGAUGUUAGGGUACCGACCCGCGGGUCCUCUGAUGGAAAUCAAGCUUCUGUCAGGAGAGCUGGAGGAGGUCCACCUGCCCCACUCCCUCUGCCUGGGUGGCUCUGACCCGGCUGUGCUAGGAGAUGCAGUCAGGGCCCUGCAUGGCGACGACAGUGGUGUUUCCCUGGAGACGUGUGAGCUGAGCCGUUUCCAUGGCAAGCUCUCAGCACAGCACUUCUCUCUGUGGCAGCUGGUGGUGAGGUUGUUCUCCUCCUUCACCUCCUCCUCCACCACCUCCUCUGUGAAGAACCACUGUGAGGUGCUGAUCCGUGAGCACUGCUCUUGGCCGCUGGUCCUGCACACCUACCUGCUACCCUCCCCCUCCUCAGCCAGGCAGUUUGUGGAGAAUAAGGGGGGCAGAUUCAUUGACAAGCCUUCUCCCGUCAACUCCCUCUGUAUCGACUCCACAGUCCAACUGCACACCACCCCAAAUUCCCUUGAGAUCAUGCCCUCGGAGCUGAAAUUCAGCUACAGGAACCCUCCUACUACCUUCUUUGAGGUGUAUCUAGAGAACCCCCUGCGGAACUUCAAGAUGGAGAUCAAGACUGAGGAGAACCAGAGUGUUUGGGAAGCGAUGCUGAGGCAGGGAGUCGACUACCUCAGGGAACAAGACCGUGUUGACUCACAGAACAACCCAGAAUCACAAACAGGUACACAGCAGCCCAGCAGGAUACCUGGCCAGGUGAGCAGCUUGAUGGCGGCUUUCUUCCUGGAGGAGAAGAGGGCGGAGCUCAUCCAGAGGGUCACAGAGGUGAUGCCCAUAGCAGACCAGCUCCUCUCCCAGAGGGUCAUUGGCCAAGAGACCUACUCCAACAUCCAGGCUGCUGCCACCAGUCAGGACAAAAUGAGGUCCCUGUUUGAUGCCAUGCGCUCAGCUGGGGCUCAGGGCAAACUGGCCUUCUACACGAUCCUACAGGAACAGCUGCCCCACCUAGUGGAGGAGCUGUGGACUGCAACAUGA